CAGUACACUACUAAACCACGACAGCACUGGAUGCUGUAGUUAGGGAAAACCAUGGCUUCUGGCUGGAGCAGAGGUCACUUGACUGACUGCACUAUCCAGAGGUGAGAAUGACCAUUCUAUAUCCCCAAACCUGACCAGUUCCAUGAAGGGUUCCGGAGGGGGAUGGAGGACUCCAGAUAUUCUUCCUCAUUCACUUUUGUUCCAAAUCUCCCCAUCCCCGCCUCCAUUGUCCCUCCAUCUAUGUCUCCAUGGGUCUGUGUCUCUCCUUUGGCCCCAGGAUUUAGCUAUGUGGAACAGGGCUAGUGAAAGUGCCAUCGGCAUCGGUGGACAUUACAUUUUCACAGUGACUUGCUCAUAUUUCAGGUGGAAGAUACAACCAAAGGAGUUCAAGGACGUUUAUGACCCGAGUGCACUUCCCAAGGUGACUUAUCUGCUCUAUGAAAUUAAAUGGGGCAACAGCUCCAAGAUAUGGAGAAAGUGGUGCCGAAACACCAGCACCCAGCAUGCUGAAAUCAACUUCCUGGAAAAUGCCUUCAAGGAAAGAUCUUUCAAUCCUUUGACCCACUGUUCUAUCACCUGGUUCCUCUCCUGGAGUCCUUGCUGGAAAUGCUCCCAAUCUGUGGUAGAGUUCCUGAAGACAUACCCCAAAGUGAACCUAAAAAUGUAUGUAUCACGGCUCUUUAGGCAUGAAAACAGAAGCAACCGUCUAGGCCUGCGUGACCUGGUGAUGAAUGGAGUCACCAUUAAAGUCAUGGACCUCUCAGCUUACAACUAUUGUUGGAGAACAUUUGUCAACCUUCAAAAUGUAGAAGAUUACUGGCCUUGGCACCUCACCCCAUGGAUAAUGUUCUUUUCUUUUGAACUCCAGCUUAUUCUUCAGGGCUCCGCAGCCAGUUUACAGAUCUGGCCGGCAAGUAGCAAUCAGAUUCCGAGUUUCAGUCUUAUUCCACCAGAAUAUUCUCACCUAAUGCCUCUGCAAAGGGUCGGCACAGAAGCCAGUCAUGUGAAGUCAUCACAUGACUUGCCUGAAUCAACGGCCAGUCACCAGCAACUGCUAGUGUUUGGGCCUGGACCAAUAGCCAAUCAUCUGCAACAGCCAAUGUUUAGUCCUGGACCAGAAGUCAGUCAUCAUCAGCCACUAGUGUUUGGACCUAGACCAAUCAUCAAUCACCUGCAACAGCCAAUGUUUAGUCCUGGACCAGCAGUCAGUCAUCAUCAGCCGCUAGUGUUUGGACCUGGACCAAUAGCCAAUCACCUGCAACAGCCAAUGUUUAGGCCUGGACCAGCAAUCAGUCAUCAUCAGCCACUAGUGUUUGGGCCAGGACUAUUGACCAGUCACCAUCUGCAACCUGUGUUUAGGCCAGCACUACCAGCCAAUCAGUGACAGCAACAGGAUUGAGGCCUAGAACAUUAGCCAAUCAACAGCAACAACAAAGUAAUAGGCUCUGGAAUAGAUCCCCUUGGAUCUCCAUAGGAAAUAAACCCCUGGGAGUCCCCUCAUAGUUUGCACUUACCUAAACUAGAGGAAACACAUUUUAACAUACUUCAGCCAAUACCCUUAUUAUGAAUACCCUAAACAUGUAUUGCUCCUAUGAAUAGUUUUGUGAGGAAAUAAUUUGUGAUGCUGUGACACUCUGUACCUUGGGGGAACACCCUCAUUCUCCCCAUGUUCUUCUUUAUAAAAUUAUUUUGUGGCAUCCAAUGCAAAGCUUGUCAUGUUGGGUGUCUUCGGAAGGCUCAUGAUUCACCGAGCAUGGUUGUUAUAGUGAUCUUAUAGUAAUUGUUACAGUGUUGUUAUAGUAAGGUUAUAGGUUAUAAUUUCAUGUAUAUAGUUAUGAGGCUGAAAAUGUAUCCUCAUGGCUUAAAACAAGUCCAUGCAAAAACUCUCCAAGAACAGAGAGGCAGUUCACACCUCGUCAGGGCAUGGAUGGGACAAACCCAGCCCAGCUUCACGGAAACAAUGGACACUGGCUUAGACAGCAACAAAAGAAUCUAUUAGACCCUCCAGGGAAUCACCCCCCUUCCUUUGGUCAGUUUGGGACUGCGAUGAGGUAAUGCUCACCUGACUCUGAAGGGGCAGGGGGGCAAA